CGCCUAGCGGAGAGAUGCGGGUUAGGGCGGCUGUCCUGCGCAGCUGCGCGAGUGACGCUGGGGUGCGCGGCCUCUGAGCAGGUGGAUCUGGAGCUGUGGAGGAUGGAGUCCUCAGACUGGAGAAGACCUGGCUCUGAGCAAGAGGAGGGCUUUGGGGUGCAGGCCAGGAGGGCCACCGAUCUGGGCAUGGUCGCCAAUCUCCGGCGAAGCAAUAGCAGCCUUUACAAGAGCAGGAGGCUUCUGUGCCCCUUCAGCAGUGAGAAGCAAGAAAACCUUAGCUCAUGGAUUCCUGAAAACAUCAAGAAGAAGGAGUGUGUGUAUUUUGUGGAAAGUUCCAAACUCUCUGAUGCGGGGAAGGUCGUGUGUGCAUGCGGUUACACCCACGAACAGCACUUGGAGGUGGCCAUCAAGCCGCACAGCUUCCAGGGCAAGGAGUGGGACCCAAAGAAGCACGUCCACGAGAUGCCGACAGAUGCCUUUGGCGACAUCGUUUUCACGGGCCUGAGCCAGAAAGUGGGGAAGUAUGUCCGGGUCUCCCAGGACACACCCUCCGUUGUCAUCUACCAACUCAUGACCCAGCACUGGGGCCUGGAUGUCCCCAACCUCCUCAUCUCCGUUACUGGUGGGGCCAAGAACUUCAACAUGAAGCUGAGGCUGAAGAGCAUCUUCCGGAGAGGCCUGGUCAAGGUGGCCCAAACCACAGGGGCCUGGAUCAUCACUGGGGGGUCCCACACAGGGGUGAUGAAGCAGGUGGGUGAGGCGGUACGGGACUUCAGCCUGAGCAGCAGUUGCAAAGAAGGAGAAGUCAUCACCAUUGGUGUAGCCACAUGGGGUACCAUCCACAACCGUGAGGGGCUGAUCCAUCCCACGGGAGGCUUCCCCGCGGAGUACAUGCUGGAUGAGGAAGGCCAAGGGAAUCUGACCUGCCUAGACAGCAACCACUCCCACUUCAUCCUGGUGGAUGAUGGGACCCAUGGGCAGUACGGUGUGGAGAUUCCGCUGAGGACCAAACUGGAGAAGUUCAUAUCAGAGCAAACAAAGGAAAGGGGAGGUGUGGCCAUCAGGAUCCCCAUUGUCUGUGUGGUGUUGGAGGGUGGCCCUGGCACCCUGCAUACCAUCUACAAUGCCAUCACCAACGGCACACCCUGUGUGAUAGUGGAGGGCUCCGGCCGAGUGGCUGACGUCAUCGCACAGGUGGCCGCUCUGCCCGUCUCCGAGAUCACCAUCUCCUUGAUCCAACAGAAGCUGAGCAUCUUCUUCCAGGAGAUGUUUGAGACUUUCACUGAAAACCAAAUCGUGGAAUGGACCAAAAAGAUCCAAGACAUUGUCCGGAGGCGACAGCUGCUGACGAUCUUCCGGGAAGGCAAGGAUGGUCAGCAAGAUGUGGACGUGGCCAUUCUGCAGGCUUUACUAAAAGCCUCUCGAAGCCUCGACCACUUCGGCCACGAGAACUGGGACCAUCAGCUGAAGCUGGCGGUGGCGUGGAACCGUGUGGAUAUCGCUCGCAGUGAGAUCUUCACCGAUGAGUGGCAGUGGAAGCCUUCAGAUCUGCACCCCAUGAUGACAGCUGCCCUCAUCUCUAACAAGCCCGAGUUCGUGAGGCUCUUUCUGGAGAAUGGGGUGCGGCUGAAGGAGUUUGUCACUUGGGACACUCUAGUCUGCCUGUACGAGAAUCUGGAGCCGUCCUGCCUCUUCCACAGCAAGCUGCAGAAGGUGCUGGCCGAAGAGCAUGAACGCCUAGCCUGUGGACCCACUGCCCCCCGGCUGCACAUGCACCACGUGGCCCAGGUGCUCCGUGAACUCCUGGGGGACUCCACGCAGCUGCUGUACCCCCGGCCCCGGUACAGUGACCGGCCACGGCUCUCACUGCCCAUGCCACACAUCAAACUCAAUGUACAAGGAGUGAGCCUCCGGUCCCUCUAUAAGAGAUCAACAGACCAUGUUACCUUCACCAUUGACCCGGUCCGCGACCUUCUCAUUUGGGCCGUCAUCCAGAACCACAGGGAGCUGGCAGGCAUCAUCUGGGCUCAGAGCCAGGACUGUACUGCUGCAGCACUGGCCUGUAGCAAGAUCCUGAAGGAGCUGUCCAAGGAGGAGGAAGAUACAGACAGCUCAGAGGAGAUGCUGGCACUGGCGGACGAGUUUGAGCACAGGGCUAUAGGUGUCUUCACUGAGUGCUACCGGAAGGAUGAGGAAAGAGCCCAGAAGCUGCUUGUCCGUGUGUCUGAGGCCUGGGGGAAGACCACCUGCCUGCAGCUGGCCCUUGAGGCCAAGGACAUGAAAUUUGUGUCUCAUGGAGGCAUCCAGGCUUUCCUGACCAAGGUGUGGUGGGGCCAGCUCUGUGUGGACAAUGGCUUGUGGAGGAUCAUCCUGUGCAUGCUGGUCUUCCCACUGCUCUUCACCGGCUUCAUCUCUUUCAGGGAAAAGAAGCUGCAGGCACUGUGUCGCCCAGCCCGCGUCCGUGCCUUCUUUAAUGCCCCCGUGGUCAUCUUUCAUCUGAAUAUCCUGUCCUACUUCGCCUUUCUCUGUCUGUUUGCCUAUGUGCUCAUGGUGGACUUCCAGCCCUCGCCAUCCUGGUGCGAGUACCUCAUCUACCUGUGGCUCUUCUCCCUGGUGUGCGAGGAGAUGCGGCAGCUCUUCUACGAUCCCGAUGGCUGUGGGCUGAUGAAGAAGGCGUCCCUGUACUUCAGUGACUUCUGGAACAAGCUGGAUAUUGGGGCCAUCCUGCUCUUCAUAGCAGGACUGACCUGCCGGCUCAUCCCAGUGACACUGUACCCCGGGCGCAUCAUCCUGUCUUUGGACUUCAUCAUGUUCUGCCUCCGCCUCAUGCACAUCUUCACAAUCAGCAAGACGCUGGGGCCCAAGAUAAUCAUCGUGAAACGGAUGAUGAAGGACGUCUUCUUCUUCCUCUUCCUCCUGGCGGUGUGGGUGGUAUCCUUCGGAGUGGCCAAGCAGGCCAUCCUCAUUCAUAACGAGAGCCGAGUGGACUGGAUCUUCCGAGGGGUCGUCUACCACUCUUACCUGACCAUCUUUGGGCAGAUCCCAACCUACAUCGAUGGUGUAAAUUUCAGCAUGGACCAGUGCAGCCCCAAUGGCACGGACCCCUACAAGCCCAAGUGUCCGGAGAGCGACUGGACAGGGAAAGUGCCUGCCUUCCCCGAGUGGCUCACGGUCACCCUGCUCUGCCUCUACCUGCUCUUCGCCAACAUCCUGCUGCUUAACUUGCUCAUCGCCAUGUUCAACUAUACAUUCCAGGAGGUGCAGGAGCACACAGACCAGAUCUGGAAGUUCCAGCGCCACGAUCUGAUUGAGGAGUACCACGGCCGGCCCCCGGCCCCUCCACCCCUCAUCCUCCUCAGCCACCUGCAGCUCCUGAUCAAGAGGAUUGUCCUGAAGAUUCCUGCCAAGCGGCACAAGCAGCUCAAGAACAAGCUGGAGAAGAACGAGGAGGUGGCCCUCCUGACCUGGGAGGUCUACCUGAAGGAGAACUACCUGCAGAACCAGCAGUUCCAGCAUAAACAGUGGCCAGAGCAGAAGAUCCAGGACAUCAGUGAGAAAGUGGACACUAUGGUGGGUCUGCUGGACAUGGACCGUGUGAAGAGGUCAGGCUCCAUGGAGCAGAGGCUGGCCUCCUUGGAGGAACAGGUGGCUCAGACGGCCAGAGCCUUGCAUUGGAUCGUGACAGCCCUGAAGGACAGUGGCUUUGGCUCAGGGGCAGGCGUGCUGACCCUGGCGCCCCAGAAGGCCUUCGAUGAGCCGGAUGCUGAGCUGAGUAUCAGGAGGAAAGCAGAGGAGCCAGGAGAUGGCUACCACGUGAACGCCCGGCAUCUCCUCUACCCCAAUGCCCGCAUCAUGCGCUUCCCCGUGCCUAACGAGAAGGUGCCCUGGGAGGCGGAGUUUCUGAUCUAUGACCCUCCAUUUUACACCGCCGAGAAGAAAGAUGUGGCUCUCACAGACCCUGUGGGAGACAUGGCAGAACCUCUGUCUAAGAUCAGUUACAACGUUGUGGAUGGAAUGACAGACCGCCGAAGCUUCCACGGAGCCUAUGUGGUCCAGUACGGGCUCCCCUUGAACCCCAUGGGCCGAACGGGGUUGCGUGGACGAGGGAGCCUCAGCUGGUUUGGACCCAACCAUACCCUGCAGCCGGUGGUUACUCGGUGGAAGAGGAACCAGGGUGGAGCCAUCUGCCGGAAGAGUGUCAGGAAGAUGCUGGAGGUGCUGGUGAUGAAGCUGCCUCACUCAGAGCACUGGGCGCUGCCAGGGGGCUCUCGGGAGCCAGGGGAGAUGCUGCCCCGGAAGCUGAAACAGGUCCUCCGGCAGGAGUUCUGGGUGGCCUUUGAGACCUUGUUGAUGCAGGGUACAGAGGUGUACAAAGGGUACGUGGAUGACCCACGGAACACAGACAAUGCUUGGAUCGAGACGGUGGCUGUCAGCAUCCAUUUCCAAGGCCAGAACGAUGUGGAGCUCAAGAGGCUAGAAGAGAACCUGCACACCCAUGAUCCAAAGGAGUCGACCGGUGGCCUGGGGAUGUCUACUGAAUGGCAGGUGGUGGAUCGGCGCAUCCCCCUCUAUGCGAACCACAAGACCAUCCUCCAAAAGGUGGCCUCGCUGUUUGGAGCUCACUUCUGACUGUGGGUUCUGGCGGAAGCUCCAGGGGCACAAGUGGCCAUCCAUCAAUGGCCCCAGGACUUGGGCUGCUUCGUUUAGGGCCGGCGGCAGGUUGUGGGGAGGGGUUGGGUGACCACCGGGAUCUGAACAGGUCCCCAGAGGUGCUGUCCUGAGAGCCACCUCUGCCACAACAGGAGGGUUACAAGUAGCCUCUGUCCUCAGGGACCAUGCCCUGACUGGGGCUAAAUGGGCCCUGUCCAGCGAGAUGCUGCCACUGCCCGUAAAGCCUGGCUGGAAGUGCUACCUCUGGGACAGGCGCUAUCCCCUGGAGGGGCCUAUGUCUUCAUUGUGGGAGCCUUCUGCCCUACGCAGACCAUAGAUAGAGGCUGGGCCUCCUUCAGGAAGGGGCAUUGUCCUCAUGACUCCCAGCCAGUGCUGGGUCACAGGCGUUGGGAAAGGCAGUGAGGGCUUUGAGGUAGGACCAUUCCCAUCCCUACACUUCAGAAGGCACGCAGGCAGGGGCGUCCCCUCCCCCAGCUCCAGCUGACCUCAGGGCACAGAAGACAGUGGUGGUCACUGUGUCAUGGCCUCUAGAGGAAUGCACCAUUGUGAAUGAGAGGCUUUCUCUGACAGGGCAGGUGACUCAGGGGUCGGUACUGGCAAGGAGAUCAGCGCUGUAGCCAGGGAGGGGUGGGCAAAGCUGUGCUUUAAUGAGAUGGGUCAAUAAAGAACUGAUAUGACCGAUCUAUCUAGAAGUUAAUCUUGGAAAAGUCCGGGACUCAACUCGGAACACCAGGAGCAAAGGAAAGCAUGAGAACUCUCGGGUGGCUGGGGCCUGUUCCAGUAGACUGGGAAACACAUCCUGAGCCAUCCUGAGACACUGGAAACAGCCUGGUUUCCUAGACAGCAGGUAUCCUUGGCUCCGAGAAAGGAGGCCAAGAUGCCCAGAGGGAAGUGAUCAGAUUGGCAUCUCCUGCCAAGCAACAGAAGGGUUUCUGGGAAGCAACAGGUAGCCUAUGGAGGGCUGCUAAGUGGCUCCAUGGAAGCUGGAGGGCACAGUCCUAGGUUGUUCUUUUUCCAGUUCGGGCUUCAAAACAAUGCAAAGAGUCGGGAAUUCUGAAAGAUCCAGGAAGCCCUGGAGAUCUAGGCUUUUUGAGAGAGCGAGGAAUUCUAGGAGAAACAAGGAUUCUACUGGUACAGAGGAGGCCCAACCUGGCCUAAAUUGUUGAGAAAGUUGUCUAAAAGGCAACUGGCUCUGUUCUGGCUGGCCCUGUAGCCUCUUGGCCACCCUGUCUCCUGAGAUACAGGCUAAUAGCACAAUGGCACAGGGAUGGGGGUGGGGCGAGCAUAUGGAGAGCAAAACAAACCAGUCACAUGUGCACCAGCUGAGGGAUGCAGGUCAUGGUUUCCUUCAAGGGUACCUUCGAAUUCAGUCCCACCUCCUGAAGGUUCCACCACCUUCCAGCAGUACCAUGCUAAGAACGAGGCCUCCAACAGUCAAGUCCCAUGCCUGGGCCAAGAAGGCAGGAGCUGAGGAAACAAAAGGCACUUUGAGAGAUUGGCCUAAUUGCCUGUCUACCUCCCAGCUGUCCUUUAAGCCAAGCCAGCGGUGCCAGGAGAUAUCACAGCUAAAAGAUGCAGUCUAACUGAAUACUGACUCUACUUCUCUGGAUUUCCCAGGGCUGUCUUUGGUUUUAGGAUCUCAAUACACUGACUUCUUAGUUCCUCUGUCUGCAGCAGUGACUCGGACUCCUGCUGUCCAUAGUGAUCUUUUCACUGCUGACCGUGUUGUCGCUCUGGACAGUGUAUUCAGCUUGAGUGUGUCUGCUGUCUUCUCACAGCUGCCUGAAGGGACUCACUAGACGAGAGCAUCAGCAGAGCAAGGUUAUUCUUUCUCAAUGUGUAGCCACUGCCUGUCUGGUCAGUGGGAUAUGAACCCGCGUGAUGACUAAUCAUUGUAAACUUGAUAGGACUUAGAAUCACUAAAAGACUGAAGAAAACCUCUGGAUGUAACUGGGAGCUUUUCUGGCUAUAUAGUGUGUUCCUAUAUCUACCCUUCUCCACCCCAAUCUUUUCCAAGUUCCCAACUCUAGGUAGGCAAGAAAAAAGGUUAGAGGGGGUGUAGACUU